CCAUGUUGGUAUUUGUAAGCUUAACUUAGGCCCUUUUCUCCUCUCCUCAGCUUCUUUGUGAAGCCAUAUUCUCAUCAUCUUCAUCAAAAAAGCCCAAACACUUCACUAUUUGACACUUUAUUGCAGCAGCACAUUAAGCUAACUAGUUAGCUAGCCAUGUCACAUUCAUGGAAGUCAUACUCAUUGGGUUGCUGUGGAGGUGUUAAGCGAAGCGAAAAGAAGCGAAGAAGCGCUACGAACAAGCUCGCUGCAUCGCCCGAGGAUCUGCCCUUUACUCUCGCGGGGUCGAGCCUCUGCGCGUUCACCUUCGCGGAGCUUAAGGCCGCGACAGAGAACUUCUCGAACCGCAACUUCAUCGGAUCGGGGGGGUUCGGGCCGGUCUACAAGGGCUUCGUCGACGGCAAACUGCGACCGGAGUUGCAGGAGCAGGAGGUGGCCGUGAAGUACUUGGAUAAGGAAGGGUUUCAGGGCCACAGGGAAUGGCUGGCUGAGGUUAUAUUUCUUGGGCAAUUGAGGCAUCCCAAUCUGGUGAAAUUGAUUGGUUAUUGCUGCGAAAAAGAGCACAGGAUGUUAGUGUAUGAAUAUAUGGCUCGAGGAAGCUUAGAGAGCCAACUCUUUAACAAUUUGCUUCUUUCUUUGCCAUGGCUGAAAAGAUUGAAGAUUGCAGUGGAGGCAGCUAAGGGACUCGCCUUCCUUCAUGAGGCCGAGAAACCCGUAAUCUACGGCGAUUUCAAAGCAUCCAAUAUAUUAUUAGACUCUGAUUACGUCGCGAAACUUUCAGAUUUUGGACUCGCAAAGGAUGCCCCGCAAGGGGACGCCACUCACAUCACGACACGUGUCAUGGGCACACAUGGCUAUGCCGCGCCUGAAUACAUCCUAACAGGUCAUCUUACGACAAGGAGCGAUGUGUAUAGCUUUGGCGUGGUCCUACUUGAGCUACUAACCGGAAGGCGGUGCGUGGACCGGACCCGACGAGUUAGAGAACAGAACCUGGUGGAUUGGGUUAAGCCUUAUUUGAAAAAACCCGAGAAGCUAAACCGCGUAAUAGACCCAAAUCUUGAGUUCCACGACUCCAUGGAGGGUCCAAGAAGAGCUGCUUUAGUGGCUUAUCAGUGCUUAAGAAGCAAUCCGAAAUCAAGGCCGCAUAUGCGAGAAGUUGUUCAGGCCCUCGAGCCUCUUCUGGACAUAAAAGACGGCCCGAUCGGGCCGUUUGUUUUCACUAUAUAUGUUGAUGAUAGCAUAGAAGAUGACGUAGAAAAGAUAGAUCGUCAUUGCAGGCACAAGAAGCGGUUUCCGAAAUCAGCAAUUUAUGCGGAGAUUGCACUGCACCGCAAAAAGAACGGCUGGUACACAAAGUCACUGACAGACCAGCAGAGCUCGCCGAACCAUUGCGGGGAAUGAGGGGAAGAGAAUGCACGCGGAUUGUCAACUUACGGGUGUAAAUAGAAAAAAUCGGCAUCCAAUAAUACAAAUUCAUCAAAGAAAAGAACGUUACAUCUGAAUUUACAAGUUAAUUGGAAUGCAACCUCUAGGCAAUAGUUGAGUACAAUGGGUAAACUUUUCUUGUAUAAAGGCAAUAAAAAGCAAAGACAUGUUGGCAAAUUUUGAUUGAUCUGUUCA